AUGAAUCCUCCCAAGACGACACCCUCACGCAGUCCCUCUCGUCCAACCGUCUCCACGACCCCUGGCUCAGCUGCAACCCCUUCUCGCGCUAAGUCUGUCCGCACCCCAGUCGGUGGAGCCCCACCUUCUGCCCGCGCUGCCGUCAAGAAGCCUACAACAACAACGUCCACCCUCAACACCACCAAGUCUGCCAUGGCCGACGCAAAGGCAGAGGCUGCUGCCGUCAUCGAAGACCUGCGUGAACGCCUGCAAAAGGCCGAAUUGGCUGCCGAAGAGGCACAAAAGCAGCAUGCUGUCGCCCAAACUCGUCUCGAUGAGACAAACAAAGAGCACAAUAGUCUAGAAGAGUCGAUGCACGAGCAAGAAGAGCGUUUGGAGCAGCUGGAAAUUGAGAAGAAGGAGAGUACCCGCCAGCGCAGAGAGUUUGAAGCCAUCUACGAAGCCGAGCGUGCUCAAUCCAUGAAAGAGAAGGAAGAAUUACAAGACCGUGAAGAGGAGCUUCGUGACACGAUCCAGAGACUGAAAGAGACAAUGGCCCAGAAAGAGAUGCGCGGCGAAGACGAGAGGCGGCAGAGCAUCUCCAGAGCGUGUAUGUUGGCCUACCCCCUGAUGGUUACAAUCCGCAUGGCUGACCCAGUCUACAGCNNAAGUUUCCGAAGCAAUGCCUCUCCUAACCAAGAAGCUGGCCAGUUUGCUCCUCCAUCCGCUCUCCAGCGCAGCGACUCUUCCCGCAGUCAAUCCCGUCUGGUUCUGCAGAAGGAUAAGAUUAUUGAAUCACUACGUCUUGAAUUGGCCGAAUCGCAAAUCAAGCUGGUCGAGAUGGAGAAUAGGGGCGGAGGCCGUAUGCAAGAGUUGGAAAAGACACUCAUGGAGACGAGAAUGGCCAACGCCAGAUUGAUGGAGGACAACGAGAGCUUCCAGCUGCUGCUGAGCGAAAAGACGCUGAAUGGCGACUUUGCUCACAGCGGUCUGUUGCGUCCUCCUUCAAUCAUGAGCGCUAGCUCUCGUCCCUCUUCUCCCUCUGCCAUGGUCGGAGCAUCCACUCUUGCCGACGAGCUCGACAAUGCCAGCGAUGAUGGCAUGGCAGACAACAGACGUCUGCAGGCUGAUUUGCAAUCCAUGAGAGACCAGAACAAGGCCUUGACUUUGUACAUCAACAACAUCAUCUCGCGCCUACUGCAACACAAGGAGUUUGAGAACAUCCUCGACAAGACGCCCAACCUCAUGUCAGGAGCAGACGGCGCAAAGGCUUUGCCACCNACCUCCCCACCAGAGAAAGACGAACAACCCUCGCUCCUCAAACGAGCCACUUCAGUCGUCCGCGGUGGCCGUCCGAAGCCCAUCGAAACCAACUCUGAUACACCAACGCUGAACGAAGACCCCAACACAGCACCUCGCAUCCCUCUCAACCGCACACAAUCCAACCGCAUGUCCAUCGGCGGCGCACCNCCCUCCCACCGCCGUUCAAACUCCGAACUCGGCAACCCAGCAGCGUUAGUAAACAACAUGUACCGCGGGCCCCUCUCACCAGGCUCCGGCCCAGCAAGCCCCAGCAUGGUGCCUCCCCGCGGCAGCUCNCUCUUCAGCCCUGUGCUGCCCGUAGCUCCCGCAGCAGCAGCCCGCGUCCCCUCCUCGGGCUCAGUACCCCAGUCCCAAGACGACAGACGCCAAAGCAUGCCCCCGCCCGCCCUACCCUCUGCCGCACCCAGAGACUCGGCCCGCAACAGCAUAUACAGCGAAUCCGGGCUCGCAGACAACAUGAGCACAGUCAGNCCCCCUCGCAGCACGACCUCCAGCGGCGAAAAGCCCACCGGAGCCAUCAUGCGUGGAGCAGGCAUGCGACCCCUGCGCCUCGUCCAAGAAGCAAAGGAGGAAGAGGAAGCAGCAAAGAAAGCCAAGCGGUCGAGUUGGAUGGGUUGGUUUGGCGCAAACAACCGCAGUGUGAGCAGUGAGGCUGUUCCCAAGGAAUGA